AUUGCUGAACACACUGCCGUGCCACUCAGACUGAAGUUAGUCUUCAGAAGUCCUUGUGUUACAUAAGCGGACCUGAUGGAGGUAGAGAAUUGAGAACUGGCUUGGCACAUGAAAGGGAUGUUGCUGGUGCUGUUGCAGGCUGUGAAUCCCUUACUGGUUUCAGGUUCACACUUGAAAGCUGAAAGUUAAACAUAGCAUAUGCUUACCAUUGCUGCUUUUUUGUAGAUGGACUGUACAGCUAAAAAAACCCUCUCUUUUCAUCCUGAUUUGUAUCUUCUACAAUACGUUGUUUUACCUCAGGGUAGGGGGGGUGGGCAAAGCAUGAAGAGCAUGUGGGUGGAGCUUCCAGGUGGCUCCACUUAGUCAUGCUCUUUCUCACCUGAGCCAAUCAAGGUAGUCCAACAGAGCCGUGCCUGGUGGCUGGAAAGUUCGUAGUUUGGGCUGAUGUCCGUGAUCAUCUCCAACCUGCCUCAAUCCACACUGUGUCUUGUAACUGAAGCUCCUAAAAAUGGAAGAUGCUCUUCUACACCUCCAGGAAGACAACAUGGACUCUUUCAGCACGAAGAACCUGGCCCUGCAGGCCCAGAAGAAGCUCAUGAGCAAGAUGGCGACCAAAGCGGUGGCCAACCUCUUUAUCGACGACACCAGCAGCGAAGUCCUGGACGAGCUUUACCGCGUUACCAAGGAGUACACUCGUAACCGCAAGGAGGCACAAAAGAUCAUCAAGAAUCUCAUCAAGAUGGUCGUCAAGCUGGGGGUGCUCUACCGCAAUGGUCAGUUCAGCAACGAGGAGCUGGUGCUGGUGGAGCGUUUUCGCAAGAAGGUCCACACUCUGGCCAUGACGGCGGUCAGCUUCCACCAGAUCGACUUCACUUUUGACAGGAGGGUCAUGAGCGGCCUGCUCAACGACUGCAGGGACCUUCUGCACCAGGCUAUUAAUCGGCACUUGACGGCCAAGUCCCAUGCACGGGUCAACCACGUCUUCAACCACUUUGCUGAUUGUGACUUCUUGGCGACGUUGUACAGUCCCUCGGAGGUGUAUCGGGCCCACUUGCAGAGAAUUUGUGAUGGGGUCAACAAGAUGCUGGAUGAAGGCAACCUGUGACCAGAAUGGGUCAUCUCCUUGAGCUCUUACAUUGUAUUUUAAUGUUUUUUUUUUACUUUGUAUGUGGACAGUUUUUUUGUUCCAUUAUUUCUGUUGUAUUUGUUUCACCACAGCCAGUAAGCCUGCAGUCCACCAAAGGCAGUUUGAAGCAGUUUCUGACCGUAGGAGGGCCCUAUCAUGAACGCUGAACAGCUGCCCCAAGUGGUCUUUCCAUAGCGAUACAACACCCUCAUGUUUUCAAGGAAGAGCAGCAUGACUCAUGCUUUAAACACUCGCUUGUAUGAGGCUGGUGCUGAUUGUUCCAACUAUUAAAGGAAACGCUGAGGGAGCAUAUGGACGAGCUUUCCCACACUUCUCAAUGCGGAGAUGCUCUAAGAGGAAUCCUAUAAUCAAGUAUUUCAUGCACUAUAGUGAUUUUAACUUUUAAUGAAGGAGAUUUUUUUUUU